AUGUCCAAAGAACCAUGGGCCAUCACCAGCACGAAGCGGAAGGCCCAGUCGGCCACUCCAGCACCACGAAAGCGCCCCCGAUGCCAUGACGUCGAGAGCAAAGACGACAAGCAUACAAUUAACCAGCAGACACUUACGCAAGUCCAGUGGGUGACUCCGGUCCCAACGAGUUUCGAGCGUAGUGACUCACUUGAAGAUAUACCACAACCGCGUACCGCACGCUCAAGGAAGCUCAAAAAGCGCAAUUCAACAUUGACGCAGAUGGACUUUUUCAGCUUCCCACCUCCCGACCAUGAUGAUCUUGACGACGAUAUGAUGCUCCCAACCCAACAACAGCAGUCGAAUCUUCCACAAUUAGAUGGCUCGUACGAGAGCCCGAGACGCCCUAGAAAGCGCAAGUCAAUCCAGCACGCUACUGCGCGACCAGCGAAACGGAAGAGUGCCACAACGACACUGAACAGCCAAGAGUAUCUCCCUAGGAGGAAGGGGGGCAACAAGUCGGGAGUGGAAACUGAACAAUCUGUGACACCGAGACGAGUUUCGAGCAGGAUUGCAUCCAGGCAAGCACUAUCAUCAGAUGCGGCUGAAAAUCUACGGUAUUUCCAGCAAGCCCUGGGUAUCCCAGAAGCAUCCCGCCGGGAUCGUGGUCUUCCGAGAUCACCAGCACCACUAGAGAUAAAGGACUCCGUUGAUGAAGGCGAAGAGAUUGUGUUCAAUGACAGCAGAGCUCAUCAAAGUAUGCCAUUGCGGACGCCCGAGAAGUCUAGAAUGGUCAUUCUAUCAAGCCAGUCGCCAGAGAGUUUACCGCCGAGUACGCGAAGGAGCAAGGCAAAUACAUUCAAGGCAAACAUCGUCUCACUGCGAACACCACUGGCAGAGCGUUCGGUGAACUACUCGCUGUCUCCAUCCAAGGGUACAACGAGAAAGUUACGUGGCGCCGCCAAACGCUCGCCAGGCAAGGGCAAAGUCGUGGUUCUCAAGCUGCCCAAGCGCAAGCCAUUUCAACCAAGGACUCGGACGGAUAAUCACGAGGCUGGCUUAUGGUCCAUUCCAUCUUCGUCGCCCCAGCUGAGACAGCUACAAGUCGAUGAGCCACAAUCUGAGCAAACAAUCUUGUCGCAUGCAUCAGGGGUUGAUAAACCGGACAUAGAGCCAGAAAUCCCAGGCACAAGCCAAGGACAGGCACUAUUGUCGAGCCCGCUAGCUGUGCUCACACAGGACAGUUUACCGGAUCUUGCUGACAUCGUGGGGAGUAGAGGAGGUGCUGUAGACGAAGCAAAGGGAAACACCUCGCGGGAGCUAGACCUAGAGGACGAAGAAUCGCCCGUUCUGGUACGAGACUUUGCAGUUGCUCCGAUGACGACGGGUCUAGAAGUCUCCAGAUCACACACCGCCAUAAACAAGGGCUUUCAUGAUGAGGUGCCACUUGACGGAGGAGCCGAUGGGUUGGAAGGAGAUCUCGACGUGGACGAAGUUGAUUUUGGCUCACCGAUUGCCAAUGAUACCCAGUUCAACUUUAGACUCGAGAACCGCAUUUCUUCCCCUUCCCAGCCGUCCCCGGCCCCUGGAGGAAAUGUAGGGACGAACGCAGCUACACCACGCGUUCCUUCACCUACACCCCACGGUCAUUCAAGGAGGCCAUCCACGAUUGGUCAAUCCCUAGAUGAAGAGAUACCCCCUCAAACACCUCUCCCCCGUCCCAGAUUAGUGGAGUCGCCAUGCAAAUGGACUCCAACCGUUCAAGGCUGCGAGGCGGAAGACCCUAAGGAAGUCGCGCUGCCGACGCCAGCUCUUAUGCAUCAUUCGAGUACUGUCGUCUCAAUCACCAAGGUGCCGUUGAAUGAUACUUUACAGCAGUCAUCCUCAUCUUCUCCUCCCCUGUUCAGAAGAGCCACUACGCAGAAGUCGAUUCACCCCGCGUCAAUACCACAUCCUUCUCAAAUCUCAACUCAAGAAGCCACACAAGCGUCCCCGAUCAUGUCAUCAUAUCCGCAAAGGCAUGACGCAGAAAUCACGCAGCGACCAGAUCAAAUUACGAUUAAGGACUCCAGUUCCAUUCGAGUUCCUCUCAGCCAGUUGCCUCAAUAUACCGGAAACAGCCAGUCCCAGUACAAUGCCAGGUCAGGUAUCGAUGAAGUUUUGGACUCGGAGGAUGAGGGCGAUCUUGAUUUGGACCCGUCUUCACUGCCUUCUCCCCCGAGAAAGACUCCGAGCAACGAUCGAGAAUUGAUCCCUCCAAGAGGAAGCAUCGAUACCAUCAAAGAAGAAGAUGACCACUACCGUGACGACUCGCAGAAUGUGUCACAAUUACAAACCCAUGGCGAGGCAGACACAACUCCCAUCCGCUCUUCACAGGCGAUUUCGAUCUCAUCGUCGCCAAGCCCAGCUCCAUUACAGCGGGAAUACUCGCCGAUCCCGGGUUUUAACAACGAGACCCAGUCGAACUUUACACAGAACGGUCAUGUCACAGCGGCGUACAUCCACCGACAGCGCGAGGCCGGUAACAUUCCGAAGUGGUAUGUUCCUCAACCCUACCAAGUUCCGGGCUACACCAGGAGGAACUAA